AUGACGAUGAACAGCACGUGUGUUGAAGAACAGCAUGACCUAGAUCACUAUUUGUUCCCAGUAGUCUACAUAUUUGUGUUUAUAGUCAGCGUCCCGGCCAACCUUGGCUCUUUAUGUGUAUCCUUUCUGCAAGCAAAGAAGGAAAACGAGCUAGGAAUUUACCUCUUCAGUUUGUCACUGUCAGAUCUGCUGUACGCGUUGACGCUGCCUCUGUGGAUCAAUUACACUUGGAAUAAAGACAACUGGACGUUCUCCCCAGCCUUAUGCAAAGGAAGUGUCUUCUUCACGUACAUGAACUUCUACAGCAGCACGGCGUUCCUCACCUGCAUUGCCUUGGACCGCUAUUUAGCAGUUGUCUACCCGCUGAAGUUUUCCUUUCUGAGAACGAGAAGAUUUGCCUUCAUGAGCAGCCUGUCUAUCUGGAUAUUGGAGUCCAUCUUUAACUCCAUCCUCCUGUGGAAAGAUGAAAUGAGCGUUGAAUAUUGUGCUGCGGAGAAGUCGCACUUCACCCUGUGUUACGACAAAUACCCACUGGAGACCUGGCAGAUAGACCUCAACCUGUUCAGGACGUGCAUGGGAUACGCGCUGCCUUUGGUCACCAUCAUGAUCUGCAACCAUAAAGUCUACCGAGCUGUGCAGCACAACCAAGCCACGGAGAGCAGCGAGAAGAGAAGAAUCAUAAAGCUGCUUGCAGGCAUCACGUUGACUUUCGUUCUAUGCUUCACGCCCUUCCACGUGAUGGUGCUCAUCCGCUGCAUUUUGGAGCGCAAUAUGAACUUGAACGACAAGUCCGGAAAGCAGACGUUCACAGCAUACCGAAUCACAGUGGCUCUGACAAGUCUAAACUGCGUCGCAGAUCCAAUUCUAUAUUGUUUUGUGACUGAAACAGGGAGAGCCGAUAUGUGGAACAUAUUAAAAUUGUGUACCAGGAAACACAAUAGAUCACAAGGACAAAAAAAGGAAGUAAUUUCUGUGUCCACAAGAGAUACCAUAGAAUUAGAGAUUAUAGCAUAA